AAAAAACAAUAAGCAAAAUCGUCCGCAAAAUUAGCGAUAAUGAAUUUUAAAAUUUCCAAUUUUGAUAAAUUUUCAUGAUAUUUUAUUGUUUUACCGUAGAAAUGCAGUUAUAUGAAGAUUUUCGUAGUUGAAUAGUAAUUCGUUGUGAUCAUUUUGAACGUAGAUGAAGAUCUAAUAAUAUUUCUGUGGUAGUCGGAGUGGAACCUUUUCAUCAUGUCUGAAAUUGACAAGUGGAUUGAUAUCGCUAAACAGUGCAAGUAUUUGCCGGAGAAUGACUUAAAAAAAUUAUGCAACAUGGUGAUAGAGUUACUGCUAGAGGAGUCGAAUAUCCAACCCGUAUCAACUCCAGUCACUGUUUGUGGAGAUAUUCACGGACAGUUCUAUGAUCUCGAAGAACUGUUCAGAACCGGCGGUCAAGUUCCCAAUACCAAUUAUAUCUUUAUGGGCGAUUUCGUCGACAGAGGUUAUUUUAGUUUGGAAUCAUUGACUAGAUUGUUGACGUUGAAGGUGAAAUGGCCCGAUAGAAUCACUUUACUCAGAGGAAAUCACGAAUCGCGUCAGAUAACUCAAGUUUACGGAUUUUAUGACGAAUGCCAAACGAAAUACGGAAACAUCAACGCGUGGAAAUACUGCUGUAAAGUAUUUGAUUUCUUAGCGAUAGCUGCUAUUAUCGAUAACCAGGUGUUCUGUGUCCAUGGUGGCUUAUCUCCAGAUUUACAAACUUUGGAUCAAAUAAGAAGUAUUGAACGCAAUCAAGAAAUACCUUACAAAGGUGCUUUUUGUGAUCUCGUAUGGUCUGAUCCCGAAGAAGUUGAUAAUUUUGCUGUGAGUCCCAGAGGCGCUGGAUGGCUAUUUGGUGAAUCGGUUACUCAAAAAUUUAUGGAAAUAAAUAAUUUAAAGUUGAUUUGCAGAGCUCAUCAAUUAGUUCACGAAGGAUAUAAAUAUAUGUUUAACGAUAAACUCGUCACCGUAUGGUCUGCUCCGAAUUACUGUUAUCGCUGUGGUAACGUCGCUUCGAUAUUAGCUUUUAAGACAGUAGACGACAAAGAACCUUUAAUAUUUAACGCUGUGCCUAAUGCGAACAGAGUGAUCCCGGAGAAAACGAAAACUCCUUAUUUUUUGUGAUCUAUAAUCCUGUCUUCUUAUCCGUAUUAAUUUGUAUAUUGUUACGAAUGAUUUUAAUGAGUAAUUACUCGAUCAAGUUUUCUAUGUUUUAAUAGCUCAAUCUGCGAAUUUACAAUUGAUUUGCGAAUGUUUAAUUUUUUGGUUAACGUUUUAUUAAAUUUAUCAAUUAUUUUUUCAUCUGAAAUUUAUCGUCAAAAAUGGAAGUACGAAAAAAAUUUUUUUUGUUUAUUUUUUGAUGAAAAAAAAAUUGCAUCUCAUUCGAACCGAAACAAUAAUUUGUUCCGCGAUGGAAAAUAUUACUUACUUUCAUUGUUAUGUCUGUGAUGAUAUUGAAAACGUGUUAUUUUUUUAACUACCUAUAUUUUAUUAUAUAUCACCAUUUAUUAUUUUAUAAUGAAAAAUGUGCUAGAAUUACGCGUGGAGAUUUUUUCGAAUUGUUUUUUGUAUUUUUCACAUAGACGACGUCGAUUACAAUGUAUUGAAAAAAAUAAUGUAAUUUAUUCGAUAUUAAAUUUAUUGAUUGGUU